CCAAUGAAGCAGACAUCAUCAUCAAUCGCAGGGCCAUGUUCAUACGAAUCUAACACGAAGAAUGAUGGUUUUGCUGCAAACUUGAGAUGGAGACCCGUAUGUGGGUGUGGAGAGAUAGCUUUGCUUCGUAGGGCUUCAACAAGCACGAAUUUCGGGAAGCAAUUCUGGGGCUGUCGUAAUUACAAGGGUUCAACCCAAACAGGGUGUGGCUAUUUUCAAUGGUUCUUUGAUGAUGUGAUGGAUGAGAAAGACCAGUAUAUGAAGAUGCAGAAUAGUAGGAUGGAGAAGAUUCAAAUUGAACUUGAUGCAGCAAAAAUGGAGUUGGUAACUCUUAAGGCAACAAAUGACAGACUAAAACAAAAGACAAGAGAGUUGAAGAAGAUGAUGAAUUCUGAGAAAAAUUGGAAAAGGCUUUUCUGUGUUAUUUUAGUGUUGGUCAUUUGGAAAAGUCUGUAUUAGUAUGUUGUAAGGUUAUGAAUUAGUAUGUACUGAAUUUGAUAUUUAUUCAUGUAUCGAAUUUUAGUGUUGGUCAUUUGUAAUGUUAUG